CUCAUCGCCGCCGUCGUCAUCAUCGUCGCCCCCGUCUCGGUUCCGUCUGCCAUCGCAAUGACGAAGAAGCAGCGCAGGGAGGCUGGCGCGAGGCGGCAGCGGCGCCGCCCGCCGCCGCUGCUGCAGGCGCGGGACGAGUGCUCCUCCGUCUCCUGCACCACCUUCAACAUCCUCGCGCCGAUCUACAAGCGGAUGGACUCCGAGAAUUGCAGGGAGAGCCAGAACAGGGCCAACUGGUUCAGCAGGAACGAGAAGAUCAUCGACCGCCUCCUCGCCGGCCGCUCAUCCAUCAUCUGCCUCCAGGAGGUGUGGCUGGGGAACGAUGAGCUGGUCAACAUGUACGAGAAGCGGCUCGGUGAUGCCAACUAUACGCUCUUCAAGCUCGCUCGCACAAAUAAUCGCGGGGACGGUCUUCUGACGGCUGUACAUAGGAAGUACUUCCAUGUCUUGAACCACCGGGAGCUGCUUUUCAAUGAUUUUGGAGAUCGAGUUGCUCAGCUAUUGCACGUUGAGUCAGCCAUGCCUUACUUGCAAAAUCGAAGCAGCAGCUGUGUCCAGCAGCAGAGCCUCAUCGUGAACACCCAUUUGGUGUUCCCCCAUGAUCACAGCCUUUCAAUAGUUCGGCUGAAGCAGGUAUAUAAGAUCCUUCAGUACAUACAAGCUUACCAAGAAGAGCAUAAACUUAGUCCAAUGCCAAUUAUCCUAUGUGGUGAUUGGAACGGAAGUAAACGUGGCCAAGUUUACAAAUUCCUUUGUUCACAAGGAUUUGUUUCAUCAUAUGACACUGCCCAUCAGUACAGUGACAGCGAAGAAGAUGCACACAAGUGGGUGAGUCAUCGGAAUCAUAGAGGGAACAUCUGUGGAGUUGAUUUCAUAUGGCUUCUGAAUCCAGACAAAUGCAGGAAGCCCCUGAAAACUAGCUGGAAUGAAGCUGUCUUUGGUAUUAUCAAGUAUCUUCUUCUCCAAGUUGCAUCCCUUUCGGAGGAGAAUGCAUUCGCACUUCUCAGAGCUGACAGUCCUAAUGAUCAUAUCACAUAUUCAAGUUUCUGCCAGGCACUUUGUCAGUUAGGAAUGGUCCAUCCCGAUCGUGUAAGUUCUGAAGAAAUGAAAGAUCUAUGGAGUGAAGCUGACCAUGAUGGGGAUGGGUUUGUUGACUAUAAAGAAUUUCAGCGGUGUAUCUGGAGCCCUAAAUGCGAUAACCAAGAAGAAGAGGAUGAUACUGAAAUUGACAUCACUGAUGGAAGCCUUGUUACGUUAGAACCGAAUGAUGAAGCCUUUGGCUUCACCGUGAAGGAAGCUGUUCUGUUCCCCCCAGAAGUAGAGAAGGGCAUGUGGCCUGAGAACUACAGCCUCUCAGAUCAUGCACCCCUUACGGUGGUGUUCUCACCUGUAAGAAUGCCUUGCUCUCCACGCACUCCUCGGACUCCCUAGCUAUCAAUCGCCAGUACAGAUACAAUCCAUGUACAGCCAUAGGUAUACAAUGAGUGAGAUAUAAACCAGAUCCAGAUGUUUUAGGUUCCCAGAGUAGUCACAAGAGGCGACUGACUUGUGUUGCUGUUAGCAUGCAUUGCUGAUGUCUGUGUCAACAGUUUGUAUUAAAACCUGUCUCCUCAUGUUCAUAAAUGUAAAUUUUGCUCUCUUUUUUGGUGCAAGUUAAACUGAAUCUUGAGCCAUUCAUUUGUAAAAUGUGAGGCAAAUGAUAGCUGACUAAAUUUUGCUCUCCUUUUUAUUGGUGGAAGUUAACCUGUCACCAUUUGUUUUUUCCCGA